CGUGCCACCACGCCGCGCUAAUUUUUUUGUAUUUUUAGCAGAGACGGGUUUUCACUGUGUUAGCCAGGAUGGUCUUAAUCUCCUGAUCUCGUGAUCCGCCCGCCUCAGAUUCCCAAAGUCCUGAGAUUACAGGCGUGAGCCACAGCGCCCGGCCCCCCUUCUGACAUUUCUUCAGAUCUUCCUCAGACACCCAAAGACCUUAAAAUCCCCCUAACCUUUCUGUCAAAGUUUGCUUUCUGGAAAGAGCUGAUAAACUCAUUCAUACUAAAGUCUACAAGGUUGUAAAUCUUAAUCUAUUAUCGCUUAAAAGAUGCUUCUAUCAAUUUACACCAAAGGAAUGAAGCUCAAAUUGUGAGGAUUUAGUCAUCAGAAAAUCUAGUAGGGGAAAUUCUCCCUACCCACAAUCAGAGUAGAUUCUACAAUAGCAAAAAGAGUUCCGGGCUAAUUUUAGGAAAGCUGAUGAGAUGACCGCUUACAGCUGCGGAGGUACUGAUUCGGUAUACGGAGGGAAAGAGUUUGUAUAUGUGAGAGUGAACUGGGUAGAAAAUGGAAGAGAAUCAGAAAUUCACUUAGCAACACCAAAUAUAUUUGGCACCACUAACCUAGUUUCUCCUGUGUUUGCCUUUCCAAUCCGUUGGACCUUAGGGGAUGGGCCGCCCACUUUCUCCCCAGAACAGCUCCCGGGUCCGGUUCUCAGUCCUAAUUACUGCACCAAGCCUCCAUGCUCCAGGGCCUGUGGUCACAAGGAGCGGAAGUAAAGUUCUAAGAGAAAUCACCAUCUCCUUGUGCAGGGAACACUUCCAAGCCCAGUGUCCACAGACAAAUCACCUCCAGCGACUCGAAGAGGAGAAUUAAUAAUCCCUGUGAGGGCACUGGAGGCUCCGCGUGAAAGUUUCCAAAGCCCUGUUCUGCCCCAGGACUCCUUUCUCUCCUCCCAGAGGCUUCAGGCUUUCGCGGCUGCUGGCACAUCCCAGCCUGCGUAGCGGGGCAAGAGGGACCCAAGGCAGAAUCAGCUUCCCCCAACUCGAAAGGGCACCCGUUCUCUAGGGUGCUGGCACUGGAAAUAGCUGGUGUGGAGAACGAAGAGGGAGACGUGCAGGAUGAAGCCCACGCCAAGGAGGGCAGUGGCUCCGCCUCUCUGGGUUAGGGACAUAAGAAAACCCUGAACCCGAAGACCUAGCAUGAGUGGGGCGUGGAAAGCGAGACAGACUCCAGUGGAAGGCUGUGGGGCGGGACUCAGGAUUCCCGGAGAGGCUGCCCCAGCUCCUGCCGCAGCGCUGGGCGCCCUCCCACGCCUGCUCCCUAGGGACCCCAGGCGCCCCACGCACGCACCCACCCUCCUUCCCGGGCCCGCCGCUCCUCCCUCCUUCCUCGCUGGUUGGCCCGGGCGCCGCAGAGCGCAGCGGCGGCAGGAGGAGCCGGGCGCGCCUGCCACGCAAAACCACCGGGCUGGCAGGGCGGCAGGCGCGGUGCGCGAUCCCGGGUGGCGGCGGCAACGGCGGUGGUGACCGCGGCGACUGCAGCGGCCAGCUCUCACCUCUCCCCUGUGCACCCGCAUCUCGCCGCGCCGCCAAGCAGCCAGCAGUCCCCGGGUCGCCCAGCCCACGCGCUCACGGCCGAGCCCAGGGCACAAUAGCGGCGACAGCCAUGGGGAAACCGGCGAGGAAGGGAUGCGAGUGGAAGCGGUUCCUGAAGAAUAACUGGCUGCUACUGUCCACCGUGGCCGCGGUGGUGCUAGGCAUUACCACAGGAGUCUUGGUUCGAGAACACAGCAAUCUCUCAACUCUGGAGAAAUUCUACUUUGCUUUUCCUGGAGAAAUUCUAAUGCGGAUGCUGAAACUCAUCAUUUUGCCAUUAAUUAUAUCCAGCAUGAUUACAGGUGUUGCUGCACUGGAUUCCAACGUAUCUGGAAAAAUUGGUCUACGUGCUGUUGUGUAUUAUUUCUGUACCACUCUCAUUGCUGUUAUUCUAGGUAUUGUGCUGGUGGUGAGCAUUAAGCCUGGUGUCACCCAGAAAGUGGCUGAAAUCGACAGGACAGGCAGCACCCCUGAAGUCAGUACGGUGGAUGCCAUGUUAGAUCUCAUCAGGAAUAUGUUCCCUGAGAAUCUUGUCCAGGCCUGUUUUCAGCAGUACAAAACUAAGCGUGAAGAAGUGAAGCCUCCCAGAGAUCCAGAGACGAACACGACAGAAGAAUCCUUCACAGCUGUCAUGACAACUGCUAUUUCCAAGAACAAAACAAAGGAAUACAAAAUCAUUGGCAUGUAUUCAGAUGGCAUAAACGUCCUGGGCUUGAUUGUCUUUUGCCUUGUCUUUGGACUUGUCAUUGGAAAAAUGGGAGAAAAGGGACAAAUUCUGGUGGAUUUCUUCAAUGCUUUGAGUGAUGCAACCAUGAAAAUUGUUCAGAUCAUCAUGUGUUAUAUGCCACUGGGUAUUUUGUUCCUGAUUGCUGGGAAGAUCAUAGAAGUUGAAGACUGGGAAAUAUUCCGCAAGCUGGGCCUUUACAUGGCCACAGUCCUGACUGGGCUUGCAAUCCACUCCAUUGUAAUUCUCCCACUGAUAUAUUUCAUAGUCGUACGAAAGAACCCUUUCCGAUUUGCCAUGGGAAUGGCCCAGGCUCUCCUGACAGCUCUCAUGAUCUCUUCCAGUUCAGCAACACUGCCUGUCACCUUCCGCUGUGCUGAAGAAAAGAACCAGGUGGACAAGAGGAUCACUCGAUUCGUGUUACCCGUUGGUGCAACAAUCAACAUGGAUGGGACCGCGCUCUAUGAAGCAGUGGCAGCGGUGUUUAUUGCACAGUUGAAUGACCUGGAUUUGGGCAUUGGGCAGAUCAUCACCAUCAGUAUCACGGCCACAGCUGCCAGCAUCGGAGCUGCUGGUGUGCCCCAGGCUGGCCUGGUGACCAUGGUGAUUGUGCUGAGUGCCGUGGGCCUGCCCGCUGAGGAUGUCACCCUGAUCAUUGCUGUUGACUGGCUCCUGGACCGGUUCAGGACCAUGGUCAACGUCCUUGGUGAUGCUUUUGGGACAGGCAUCGUGGAAAAGCUCUCCAAGAAGGAGCUGGAGCAGAUGGAUGUUUCAUCUGAAGUCAACAUUGUGAAUCCCUUUGCCUUAGAAUCUACAAUCCUUGACAACGAAGACUCAGACACCAAGAAGUCUUAUGUCAAUGGAGGCUUUGCAGUAGACAAGUCUGACACCAUCUCAUUCACCCAGACCUCACAGUUCUAGGGCCCCUGGCUGCAGAUAACUGAAAACAAGGAAGGACAUUCCCAUGAGAGUCAUCUCAAACACUGGUUAAGGAAAAGAAAAAUGCUAAUGGCCAGGUGUUCAUUUGAUUUUAUAUACAGACCUCCAGAUUAUUUUCUAUAUUUGGAUUCACAGCCUUUGCUCUCCGGGUUUUGGGAUUUGGGUGUGGGGUAAGAUGAAGGGAAAUCCAUUAAAAGGAAAGUUCUAUUAUCUGAGUUUUAGAAAUUCUAUAAGAGACAAAGUUUGGAAGUACAUAAAGUAAUAACUAUUAGAAUUAGGUAAUGGAUAUGAAAAAGAAAAUGCUUUCUCGUGCAUAGACAAGUGUUUUGGGUUUUAAAAAAUAUAUUCUGUCAUUGGUUACAAAUGUUUACUCAGGCUUUCUAUUGGCAUGAAUUUCCUUUGACCUUUCACUUUUUUAUAAAUUAUAAUGCAUCUCAACCACCUCUCCCCAGUUAAUGUGCCAAAAUGUCCAUUUUUAACUUAUCUCCAGCCAAUUUCAAAGAAAACAGACCAGCAUAGUUCUGCAAUAAGUUUUAAGAUGGGCAUAGGGUUUGGAAGAAAGGGAGAAGGAUUCUUUUUUCAAUGUACUGUAUUGGGACGCUGGUAACUAUUCAGCGUAGAGCUAUAUAUAUAUAUAUAUGUAUAUAUUUAUUAUUUUCAUAUAAUUUGCCAGACAGAGAUCAGAACUGAACCGUCAAUGUGAAAUACAGAGUUCUCCUUGUACUUGAAUAAUAACCACAAUUCCAACCCAGGUCUGCUUUGGGGCUUAUCAGAACUCCUUUCUCAGGAGCACUAGAAUGAGAAAUCAUGUUGUUCGAUCGUUUCACAUCUGUAUAUCAGCCCUAAAGCAGAGAUGUACUAUGGUGAUACUCCAAGGUGGCAUAGCCAUUCAUUUACAACUUCCAGAUUUGAGCUGCCUCGAGGCAAUCCAUAUUAGCUCUGCAUAAGAUUAUAUACAAAGCUGUCACUCACAAAAGGCUGGAUGUGCCUUCAUCCAACUGGAAGGCUUUAUUCUUCCAAGUUCAUUCGUACUCAAAGAGGCCAGUACUUUGCCAUCCUUGCACUUCUGUUAUCAGGGCCCAAAUAAUGUUGGUCAGCUAACUAAGUUGUAUUUUAAUAAAGAUUCCAUGGGUUGAACAAGCCACAUUGCAGAAAAAGACCUGCCCCUAACCUGGGUUCUUGCAGAGUAAAUCCCGUGACAUAAACUGAUAUCAGUGGUUCGGGGAAAAUAGUUCCAUUCUACGACACUCAUCUCCUCCUCCAGGGAGGACUGUUCUAACUGGUAAUCUUGGCCCUAUUCAUUACAUCCUCUGCUUGUCAUUCUGCUAAUUUAUGAAGAUAGUUUAUUAAAGUCUGUGCUUCAGUUCUCAUCUUGUAAAUAAUGCUUAACAUAAACUUGUACUUACACUGAGAUCCAAAAUAGUCAUGUUUCUGCAGUAUUGUGUAGCCAACUUAAACCUGUGCUUUCAUGUUUAAGAAAUGAGAAAUUGUGCCAAAGACAGCAGAAGAGUAAAUAAGUGCUCAGUAUUGACCACCUACAUCUGAAAUCUACAACAUAAUGAUACUGAAUUGUUAUGUAAACAUCAUAAAUAGUAAAUAAUGAUUCAAUGUGAAUUUAAAAAUGCAAAUAUUGCUAUUAUUUAUAAGAAAUAAAUCUAAAUGUAAAUGAAAUUGAAUCAGUAAUUUCUCUUUGGCUAAAUGGUUCUACCCCUUACUAGGAUGCCCCAAUUAGUGGCACUAGAGUUGGCAGAGCUGUUCAUGAGCUGCGAGUUAUCAUUUUGGAGUCAGUUUGUAACCAGCCUCUUAACACACUGCUGUUAACUCAUAAAAGAGAACAAUGUUCCAUUUCAGUCUCAAUAAACACUUCCCUCAUUCCUUC